GCUGAUUAGACGAUGCGGCCUUCCGUCCUCUGUGCCGGGCGCUGUCAGUGCCUUGCAUCACCUUGCGAUAUCCGACAGUGGCGUGCACGCGGCUCCUUGUGAGGCGCACGGGUCCGGGGCCCUCUCAGCAACAAAAUGGUUCAGCAAGUUCCAGAAAACAUCGAUUUUCCUGCUGAAGAAGAGAAAAUCUUGCAGUUCUGGUCCGAAUUUAAUUGUUUUCAAGAAUGCUUAAAGCAAUCAAAACAUAAGCCGAAAUUUACCUUCUACGAUGGUCCUCCUUUUGCAACUGGACUACCUCACUACGGACAUAUACUUGCAGGGACAAUUAAAGACAUAGUUACAAGAUAUGCUCACCAGAGUGGGUUUCACGUUGACAGAAGAUUUGGAUGGGAUUGUCAUGGCUUACCUGUGGAAUAUGAAAUCGAUAAGACUCUGGGAAUCCGAGGACCAGAGGAUGUAACCAAAAUGGGGAUUGUAGAGUAUAACAAUCAGUGCCGAGCAAUUGUGAUGAGGUAUUCUACUGAGUGGAAGUCUACUGUUACCAGACUUGGUCGAUGGAUUGACUUUGACAAUGACUAUAAAACUCUGUAUCCUCAAUUCAUGGAAUCUGUCUGGUGGGUUUUCAAACAACUCUAUGAUAAAGGCCUUAUUUAUAGAGGUGUGAAAGUCAUGCCUUUCUCUACUGCGUGCAACACUCCACUUUCCAAUUUCGAAUCUCACCAGAAUUACAAGGAUGUUCAAGAUCCUUCAGUAUUUGUAACUUUCCCUUUGGAGGAAGAUGAAAAUAUAUCUUUGGUUGCUUGGACAACUACUCCCUGGACUCUACCUAGUAACCUUGCCCUGUGUGUUAAUCCAGUUAUGCAAUAUGUGAAGAUUAAAGAUAUUGUCAGAGGAAAAUUACUCAUUUUAAUGGAAGCCCGAUUGCCAGCCCUCUAUAAAUUGGAGAGUGACUAUGAGAUCCUUGAAAGAUUUCCUGGUGCCUCUCUCAAAGGCAAGAAAUACAGGCCCCUGUUUGACUAUUUUGUGAAGUAUAAAGAGAAUGGGGCUUUUACUGUGCUUGUUGACAACUACGUGAGGGAAGAAGAAGGCACCGGGGUUGUACAUCAAGCUCCUUACUUCGGCGCUGAUGACUAUCGGGUCUGUAUGGACUUCAACAUUAUUCAGAAAGACUCUGUCCCUGUUUGCCCUGUGGAUGCUUCAGGCUGUUUCACAGCUGAAGUGACAGAUUUCGUGGGACAGUAUGUGAAGGAUGCUGACAAAAAUGUCAUCAGGACCCUGAAGGAACAAGGCCGACUUCUUGUCGCCACCACCUUCACUCACAACUACCCUUUCUGCUGGAGGUCUGACACACCCCUCAUUUACAAGGCGGUGCCCAGCUGGUUCGUGCGGGUGGAGCACAUGGUAGACCAGCUGCUGAAUAACAAUGACCAGUGCUACUGGGUCCCAGAGUUUGUGCGAGAAAAGCGAUUUGGAAAUUGGUUGAAAGAUGCACAUGACUGGGCAAUUUCUAGAAACAGAUACUGGGGCACCCCUAUCCCACUGUGGGUCAGCGAGGACUUCGAGGAGGUGGUAUGCGUUGGGUCAACAGCAGAACUUGAAGAACUGUCAGGAGCAAAGGUCUCAGAUCUCCACAGAGAGAGCAUCGACCAUCUGACUAUUCCUUCACGCUGUGGGAAGGGAUCGUUGCAUCGUAUCUCUGAAGUGUUUGACUGUUGGUUCGAGAGUGGCAGCAUGCCUUAUGCUCAAGUUCAUUAUCCAUUUGAAAACAAGAGGGAGUUUGAGGAUGUGUUUCCUGCAGACUUCAUUGCCGAAGGCAUUGACCAGACCAGAGGAUGGUUCUACACCCUGCUGGUGCUCUCCACAGCUCUGUUUGGGCAGCCACCUUUCAGGAACGUGAUUGUGAAUGGGCUCGUCCUCGCGAGUGAUGGCCAAAAAAUGAGCAAACGGAAAAAGAAUUAUCCAGAUCCACUUUCAAUCAUCCAUAAAUAUGGUGCUGACGCUCUCAGAUUAUAUCUGAUUAACUCCCCGGUGGUGAGAGCAGAAAACCUCCGUUUUAAAGAGGAGGGUGUGCGCGACGUCUUGAAGGAUGUGCUGCUCCCUUGGUACAACGCCUAUCGCUUCUUCAUCCAGAAUGUCCUGAGGCUGCAGAAGGAGGAAGAAAUGGAAUUCCUCUACAAUGAGAACACAACUAAAGAAAGCGCCAACAUCACAGAUCGGUGGGUCCUGUCCUUCAUGCAGUCGCUCAUUGCGUUCUUUGAGACCGAAAUGGCAGCUUAUAGGCUCUAUACUGUGGUGCCUCGCCUCGUCAAGUUUGUGGAUGUUCUGACCAAUUGGUAUGUCAGAAUGAACCGCAGAAGAUUAAAGGGAGAAAAUGGGAAGGGAGAUUGUGUCAUGGCCCUGGAGACCUUGUUUAGUGUUCUGCUCUCUCUGUGCAGAGUUAUGGCACCCUAUACACCUUUUCUUACUGAACUGAUGUACCAGAAUCUAAAAAUGCUCAUCGACCCGGUUUCUGUCCAGAACAAGGACACACUCAGCAUCCACUACCUCAUGCUGCCCCAUGUUCGAGAGGAACUGAUUGACAAGAAAACUGAGAGUGCAGUAUCUCGAAUGCAGUCUGUGAUUGAACUUGGGCGAGUGAUUCGAGACCGCAAAACUCUUCCUAUAAAGUAUCCUUUGAAAGAAAUUGUGGUUAUCCAUCAAGAUCCAGAAGCUCUGAAUGAUAUCAGAUCUUUGGAGAAGUAUAUCAUUGAGGAAUUAAAUGUUCGAAAAGUUACACUGUCUACAGAUAAAACUAAGUAUGGUGUUCGCCUAAGGGCAGAACCGGAUCACAUGGUCUUGGGGAAGCGCCUAAAGGGAGCCUUCAAGACGGUGAUGGCAUGCAUCAAGCAGCUGAGCAGUGAGGAGCUGGAGCAGUUUCAGAAGAGUGGAACCAUUGUUGUGGGAGGCCAUGAAUUGCAUGAGGAAGACAUUCGUCUCAUGUACACCUUUGAUCAGGCGCCAGGUGGGACGGCGCAGUUUGAAGCACAUUCGGAUGCUCAGACUUUGGUUCUCUUAGAUGUCAGCCCUGACCAGUCGAUGGUAGAUGAAGGGAUGGCUCGGGAAGUCAUCAAUCGCAUCCAGAAACUUCGCAAAAAGUGCAAUCUGGUUCCAACUGAUGAAAUUACAGUUUAUUACACAGCAAAGUCUGAAGGAAAGUAUCUAAAUACCAUUAUCGAAAGCCACACGGAGUUCAUAUGUGCUACCAUAAAGGCUCCCUUGAAACCAUAUCCAGUUCCUCCAUCAGAUAAAAUCCUUAUUCAAGAUAAAAUGCAGUUAAAGGGGUCUGACCUGGAAAUUACACUCACCAGAGGAUCAUCCAAGCCGGGCCCUGCUUGUGCAUAUGUCAAUCUUAACAUUUGUACAAAUGGCAGUGAACAAGGUGGAGUGUUGCUUCUGGAAAAUCCAAAAGGCGAUAAUAGGUUGGACCUUUUACAGCUGAAGAGCGUUGUUACCAGCAUUUUUGAUGUGAAUGAUGCAGAGCUGGCUGUCUUCCAUGGCGAAACAGGUAUGUGGGAAAAUGAUUUCUUGUUAUUGUUUUUGUUAUUUUUAGAAAUACAAAGCCAAACCAACUUACUGAGUCUUAGUGGAAAAACACUGUGUGUGACUGCAGGACCAGCUCCCUGUCUGAUUGCUGGUUCUAGUACUCUUCUCUGUCAGUAUAUCAAUCUACAGCUCCUGAACACAAACCCACAAGAGGGUUUAAUGGGAACAGUGGGCACUCUCCUCCUUGAAAACCCACUUGGGCAGAAUGGACUCACCUACCAAGGUCUUCGGAAUGAAGCAGCCAAGCUGUUUGGCCUUCGCAGCAGGAAGCUAAAGCUGUUUCUGAAUGAGACUCAGAUGGAUGAAAUUACAGAGGAAAUCCCCAUGAAGACUUUGAACACGAAGACUGUGUAUAUUUCUGUAUUGCCGACAACAGCUGACUUCUAACAUUCAGUUAUCAGUAUCGUCAGUCAGCCUUUUCCUGGCAUGUACCUGUCCCUACACACACACACACACACACACACACACACACACACACACACACUGAAGAUAUUUCCUUCAGGUGCAUGUACAAGUAUAAUAUUUCGUUUUGGGUCUGAAUAUGAAAUGGAAUUGAUUCAACAAGUGGCUUGAGACCUCACAGUAAUAUUCACACUUAACCUAAACACCUAUGCAGUCAUGUUUGAUAGAGGUUACAGUGUUACCUCAGCAUUACAGAGUUCGUUUCUCUACUUAAAUUCUUAACUAUAGAAGUAUAGAAGGUAGAAGUGAUUUAAUGGCAUGGUAUAUAUAAUUCUAUGGUCUUUUAAAACUUAAAUAUAAGACCGCUUGAAGGAAUGGACACUGUUAUAUAUAUUUCAGCUACCUGGAUUUUCCUGGGUAAUUUGAUGGAAUAUUUUGUUUCAGUAAAUCAAAACAAUAAACAUGCUUUCUCUCAGAUAAUAAAUGUAUUA